AUGCAACAAUUGUUUAUCAAGCUUCAACACUGUCGACAAGGAGCUAGACUUGUCGAAGAAUAUGUAGUUGAAUUCUAUAGCUUGGUUGCACGUAAUCAGUUGAAUGAAACUGAAGCACAGUUGCUUGCAAGUUUUAUCGAUGGCUUAAACAACUUAAUUCAGCAAGGGAUGACACAAUCAGUGUUUACCAUGGUGGAGGCGUUUCAACAAGCUACUAAGGUAGAAAGGCGUGUACAUAUUACUACCAGACAAGCAACUCUACGCCAAGCUCGUUAUCAUAAUUAUUAUAAAGCUUCCAUGCCAUAUAAUUCCUAUUCUGGAAAUCAAGGUGAAAGGGGAUCAACAGUCACUGUUGAUCCACAUAAAUUCAGUUAUGGUCAAUCUUAUCAGACACAACAGCAACCCCUGAGUUUCUCUUUUGCUCAGCCAACUACAACUCCAACUACUUCACCUAUCUUACCAUCCACUGUUGCUCCUCAAUCUAUCCAACAACAAUCUAAACCAACAAGCGACAAAUUUUCUAAUAGAACGCAACAACAGUUUCCACCUCUUACUAAAGCUCCUAACAUUUAUUCAAAAUUUCGUGGAGAUAAAUGCAAUAAAUGUAACCAAUCUGGUUAUUCUUCAGAUGACUGUCGACGCUUCAAUGGUUUCAUUGGAGAUAAUCAGCUACAAAUUGACUCCCAAGAUGAUGAAGUUUUUAAUGAGGAUGCAAGUGAAGAAGUUGACGAUCUAGAUUUACAUGACAGUCAUGGUGAUCACUUUGUUGGAAUGAUUCGACCAUUCAUGCUUACUGAACCAUGUUAUUCUCAAAGACAUAGUAUUUUCAAAACCAAGUGCUUUAUAGGUGGCAAAGUCUGUGACAUGAUCAUUGACAGUGGCAGUGUUGACAAUUACAUUGCAUCUGUUGUUGUAGAGAAAAUGGGUCUACCAACUACACCACAUCCUUCUCCUUAUUCUGUAGGUUGGGUGAAUAGUUCAUCUACACAGAGAAUUACUCAUCAGUGCGUUAUUGAGUAUAAGGAAUCUGUGCUCUGUGAUGUUAUUGAUAUGACUGCAACUCAUCUUCUUCUCGGAAGACCAUGGAAAUAUGACGUUGGAGAAGUUCAUAACUGUUUUGAGAAUACUUACACUUUUUACAAAGAUGGUAAAAGAGUGAUCUUAUUUCCUUCCAAGUCUUCUUUAGUGAUUCAAGAACGUAGUGAUUGCAAGACUACUGCAUUGGUGGCUACUAUUUCUCGCUCUUUACACUCAUCUCAUACUUUGAGCUCUCAUGAAGGAACCAAACCUAUGGUAACAAUUCCUACUCAGGUACAACCUUUAUUAUCAAAAUUUAAAGCACUAUUUCCUGAGGAAUUACCAGUGAGUUUACCACCAUUUAGAGAUGUUCAACAUUGCAUUGAUUUUAUACCUGGAGUUGUUUUACCUAAUCAAGCUCAUUAUCGACUGAGUCCUACUGAACAUGAAAUAUUACAAGUGGUUAUCAUCAGAUUAGAAUCAGAGUGGGUGAUGAAUGGAAAACUGCUUUCAAAACAAGAGAGGGGUUAUAUGAAUGGAUUGUUAUGCCUUUUGGUGUUCAAGGUUUUAUACGAAAAUUCUUUAUUCAUGAACUUGAAGAAAUGCACAUUUAUGUCAUCUAAAGUUACCUUCUUGGGAUAUCUUAUUUCUUCCAAGGGUAUUCAUGUGGAUCCUUCUAAAGUUCAAGCUAUUAUGGAUUGGCCUGUUCCUACUUCUAUCAAAGAGGUGAGAAGUUUUCAUGGAUUGGCUUCCUUUUAUAGGCGUUUUGUAAGAAAUUUCAGCACCAUUGCUGCACCUCUUACUGAUUGUUUGAAAAAAGAAAAGUUCAUAUGGACUGAAGAAGCUGAUAAUAGUUUUAAUGCUCUUAAAGAAAAACUAUGUUCAACUCCUAUUCUUGCGCUGCCUGACUUUUCCAAACCUUUUCAAGUUGAUUGUGAUGCUUCUAUUAUUGGAAUUGGAACAGUUUUAUCUCAUGAAGGACAUCCAGUUGCUUACCAUAGUGAAAAGAAUUCUGGUACUCAAAAAAAAUGGUCUACAUAUGAAUUGGAAUUGCUUGCUCUUGUACAAGCUCUUAAACAGUGGCAUACUUAUUUAAUUCAUCAAGAAUUUGUGAUUAAUACUGAUAAUCAUGCUUUGAAAUAUCUACGGAAUUCAUCUAAAGUUAACCGUAUGCAUGAUAGGUGGUUAUCUACAAUUAAUAAGUACACUUUUUCUGUCAAACAUAAAAGUGGCAAGCUUAAUCAAGUUGCAGAUGCUCUAAGUAGACGGCGACAUAUUUUAGCAACAAUUCGCAAUUAA